UUUUUAUUUUUGUUAAAUUUCCAAUUCAUCACAUCAAUUAGAUAGAUAGAAAAAGAUUCGAAUUUUCGAAUGUUUAUAUAGAGAAUAUGUCAUAUGUGGAACAUGUUCCAUCAAUUUAUGGAUAUUUUGAUGAUAAUUGACCUUGGUCCAUUGUGAUUAAUUCGCACAAUUCUCAAUUAAUUUAUCAUAUUAUCGAAUUUUAAUUGAUCAUCAAUAUUAUUUAUGGGCUUCGUUUGGUGACAUUUGGAAAAAAGGGGGAUAAUAUAAUAAUAUAAACACCACAUUAAUACUCCUGUCAUUAAGACUUCGAUGACAACGACGAUAUUUUAGACUGAAAUUUCAAAGUGAAAAUCUAUAAUUAUCAUCGCAACAACGACCACGGUCACAUAUACAAUAUAACAAUAAUUAAUAGCUUUUUUGGUUUUCUUUUUUCUCGUCAUUACUUUCCAAUUGAAACUCAUAAGAAAAACGAAAAAAAAUGAUGUUUUCACGUUUUAAAUUUAUUCUGGUUCCAUUGCCAAAACUACAACGAUACCGUUUUGGUGUUGAAUUUCGUUAUCAAACAUUCAUGCGAUUAAUACAUUUUAUACAAUUGGCCAUAUUGAUGGCCAUAUUUUUAUGGUCGAUCAAAAUAAUUUUAAUAAAUUUUGUGUUUACGAUAAAUGAACAAGAACAUUUUGUCAUCGAUUCAGAUAAUAAUAAUGAGAAUUAUGAUGAUGCCGAAGAAUCCAAUAUCGAUCAAAUCGAUGUUCGUUCUUUGGGACAACGUGUCGAAUUACCUAUUCCGGAUGAAGAGCUAACUACUACUACUACCACUACUAUUUCGACUUCAUUGACAACUUUGACUUCGUUUCCGAUGGAAUCUUAUUCAAAUCCAACUUUGCCAUCAUCGACAUCGACAACAGAAUCAUCGAUUAUUAUUUCCGUUGAAGAUCGAAAUGAAAAUUCAAUUCCAUCGACUGAUGUUGAGCAGCAGUCAUCGACAGUAGCAAGUACAACUGAAGAAUCGAAUACUCCAUCAUUUGAUGUUGAUAAUCUAACGCCUGAUUAUUCCACUACUGAAUCAUCAUCAUUACCACCAGUGGAUAGAACAGAUUCAUCAGUUGAUUUUGAAAUUCCAAUGACAACAUUGCCAAGUACAAUCUCUACUGUCAUGGAAGAAUCAUGGACUUUGAUGCCAUCUACGACGGUUGAUCAGGAAUCCGUAAUGACAAUAACAGAGAAUGUACCUGGACCAUCAUCAUCAUCAACACCUGAACCGAUUAAUGAUUCUACGACUACGAUGAUCGAUGAUCAAAUGACAACCAUGAGUGAUGCUGGUAUUUCCAGUUCUGAAUCUACUAUGGAUACUACCGAGCUAUCAAGUUCAUCAACUUCAUCGAUUUCGACCGAUAUCUCAAUCACCUCAUCUGAUGAUAAAUCAUCAUCGACUGAAGAUGAACAAGAAUCAACUACGAUGAAUGUUUUUGAUAUAACUACUACUCAAACCAUAGAACGGACAGCGACUUCGGAAAUCUCGACAUUAUCUCCCGAAUCAAUGACCACGGUCAAUUCAAUAGAUGAAACUACAGAACUACAAGCUCCGAUUACUACAACUGAAAAUUCAUUGAUCACAGAUUUUAACUUGAUGACCACGACACCUUUCCCAAUGCAAACGACAACAGAAUUACGCAUGGAUACGGAAAUGCCACCAUAUUCGACUGUAACGACGACGGCGACACCGGUCGAUGAAGUCACAACUCUCAUAACGACUACUUCGGGAAUGGAUGGAACAACAAAUUACGAACAACCAGCAACAGCAUUUUCUACUCAAUCACCAGCAUCAACGACAUCAAUGUCAAAAGAUGUGGAACCAAAAACAGAGAUAAACAGUCUUGAUAUUGAUCGACAAAUGCCUCCAUCAUUUGAUCAGAAUAAUGGUGUCGAUUCUUCGACUGUAAUUGCACCGGAAGAUGAAAUGUCAAUAACUGAGACGGUGACAACUAUGGCUAAUGAAGAAGUGGAUCAAGAGUUUAUUACCGAUCAAGCCAUUUCUUCACAUACCAUCGAUAUGGGAAUGACCACUCGGUUAAUGGAAGAACCGGAUGUAACAUCACCGUUGGAACCUAUUUCAUCGACCACAACUACGACACAAUCGAUUCUUACAGAACUAGCGACAGAUUCGAUUCCUACAACAACUGAAAUAUCUGUAAUCGAAGGUGACAAUGAAUCAAGAGCUAAUGAACAACCUACAACUAAUAAGGUCGAAAUAAUUACAAUAUCGACAACAACAACAGAAGCUCCAGUCAUAAUGGAAACAGAAGAGCCAACAACUACUUUAUCGACAACUAUGGUAUCACCAUCAGUAGAAGAACGAGUACCGAUGACAACAGUUUCACCUGUUGCCAAAACUGACCAAUCAUCAUCAUCGGCUUCAACCGUCUCAGAUUGGGAUCAAUCCACAACGACGGCUACAAAAACAACAACAAUGAUGCCAACGAUUUCCACCAAAACGAUGACGACAAUUGGUCCGUCCAAAACGAUACCUUCGCGUAAUCCAACACAAUCAAAUGGUCGACCAUCGAACAUACCGUUUUGGAUGCAUUUCUGGCCAUCCAAUAAUGAAGGUUGGAAUACACAAAUAAAACCUUGUGAUCGGUGGUCACAUUCAUUCGAUAUGGAUAAUGAUGAACAACGUAUCGAAUCACAAUGGUCACAAUUAUUACCACAACAUAUACAUACAUUAUGGCAACGAAUGUUUCGUUUAAAUCAUUAUCGUUGUCAAAUUUCGAAUGAACGACGAAAUAUUCAACAUGGAUUAUUAUUAGCACUCGAACAAUAUCGUGAUCGUAUAUCGAAAGAGAUAAUAACAUUAUCAGAAAUAUUACGACCAAUGGAACAGCCACAUCAACAUAGUCGAUUAUUUCAAAGGCCACGUUCAAAAACACAAGAAGAAUUGAUACGAUUAAAUCGUUUAUUGCAAUUGACAUCGAAUUUUCUGAAACAAUUGAAUCGGUUCAAUCAUUAUGAAUGGAUUACGAAUUGAUUACAAAUCGAUCAUCAAACCAAAAAAUAACCUAACCUUGAUUUGAUUUCAUCAUCAAUGAUGAUGAUGAUGAUGAU